GCAACCUGAGCCAAUCAUACCUUGCUUCCGGCCUGUGCGUUCCACCUUACUUCCGGCCUUUGCGUUCCAUACACAGGAAGUUAGUUUUCAUCGACUGCCGCAGUCUCCCAUUGUUCAUAGAGGUCAGCACUCACCAGACAGUCCAGCUGUGAGGAACCAGAGUCUUUAUUACACGUUACACGUUCUGUAUUCUCAUUUAUCACUAAGCAUGGACGUGGAUGGGAGUCACAGGACUGAGAGGAUAAUAAAUAUCACCUUGGAAAUCAUCUACCUGCUGACUGGGGAGGAUUACACUGUAGUGAGGAAGAUAUCUGGUGAGUGUGAGGCAACCAGCAGCCGUCCCAUUGUGUCAGGAGGACUGAGCAGGACCCAGAGCCCCAUCACGGUGCCUCCACCUCACAAACUGAUACAUGAGAGGCACAAUGACCAGAGGAUCCUGGAACUCACCAACAAGAUCAUUCAGCUGCUAACUGGAGAGGGUGAAGAUUUGACAAAUAUAAAGGUAGAAGAUAUAGAGGGAGAAGAAGAGACGUAUGUGACUGAUAUGAAGGAAGAAGAUAUAGAGGGAAAAGAACAGACGUAUGUGACAGAUAUGAAGGCAGAAGAUAUAGAGGGAAAAGAAGAGACGUAUGUGACAGAUAUGAAGGCAGAAGAUAUAGAGGGAAAAGAAGAGACGUAUAUGACUGAUAUGAAGGCAGAAGAUAUAGAGGGAAAAGAAGAGACAUAUGUGAGGGGUGAUCAGCAGUGUAAAGAGGAGAAAAUCCCUACAGAUAUCAGCACAGAUGGAUAUAACAGAAGAAAUAUAUUGGCUGAACGUCCCAUUGUAUCUCCAGAUUGUGAAAUUGAAGCUAAAGACAUCAUGCAAGAUUCUCUGGAAAACCCUGUGAUCCCAAUUAUACAUACAGAGCUUCAAAGUGCAAAUAUAUCAUCUGUUACUUCUAACCAAGAGGAAUGUUAUCCUGGUACCUCAGAUAUUGGUCCAUCCAUCACAUCUCUUAGAAUAGAUAGAACAUUUCCCAAUGCUGCACAGGACAAAUGUUUUACUCAGAGCACAAAGCUUAUUACCCAUCAGCUAACUAAGACAGGUAAGACGCCUUUUCCAUGCUCUGAGUGUACAAAAUGUUUUACUCACAAAUCACAGCUUGUUAAACAUGUGAGAUGUCAUACAGGUGAGAAACCAUUUCCAUGCUCUGAGUGUGGGAAAUGUUUUAGACUCAAAUUAGAUCUUGCUAGACAUGAGAGAACUCACACAGGUGAGAAGCCAUUUUCAUGCUCUAAGUGUGGAAAGUGUUUUUCACAGAAAUCACAUCUUGUUCUACAUGAGAGAAGUCACACAGGUGAAAGGCCAUUUCCAUGUUCUGAGUGUGAGAAAUGUUUUAAAAGAAAAUCACAUCUUGUUGCACAUUUGAGAAGUCACACAGGUGAGAAACGAUUUCCAUGCUCUGAGUGUGGGAAAUGUUUUACACAGAAAUCACAUCUUGUUAUACAUGAUAGACAUCAUACAGGUGAGAAGCCAUUUCCAUGCUUUGAGUGUACAAAAUGUUUUGCUAACAAAUCAAAGCUCGUUAUACAUGAGAGAUGUCACACAGGUAAGAAACCAUUUCCAUGCUCAGAGUGUGGGAAGUUAUUUGCACAAAACUCAACUCUUGUUAGACAUCAGAGAAGUCACACAAGUGAGAGGCCAUUUCCCUGCUCUGAAUGUGGAAAAUGUUUUAUACACAAAUCACAGCUUAUUAUACAUCAGAGAAAUCACACAGGUGAGAGGCCAUUUUCCUGCUCUGAAUGUAGAAAAUGUUUCAAACUCAAAUCACAGCUUGUUACACAUCAGAGAAGUCACAGAGGUGAGAAAUAUUCCUGCUCUGAGUGUGGGAAAUGUUUCACACUGAUAUCAAAUCUUGUUACACAUCAGAGACGCCACACAGGUGAGAAUCUACUUCCAUGCUCUGAGUGUGGGAAAUGUUUUACUUGUAAAUCACAUCUUGUUACACAUCAGAGAAGUCACACAGGUGAGAAACCAUUUCCAUGCUCUGAGUGUGGGAAAUGGUUCGCACAAAAAGCAGCUCUUGUUAGACAUCAGAGAAGUCACACAGGUGAGAGGCCAUUUCCAUGCUCUGAGUGUGGGAAAUGUUUUACACGCAAAUCACAGCUUGUUGAACAUCAGAGAAGUCACACAGGUUAGAAGCCAUUUCCCUGCGCUGAGUGUUGGCAGUGUUUUGCACAGAAAUUAACUCAAUAUUUCUAGAGAGGAUAUUCUAGAGUUGGCUUUGACAUAAAUGAACAUCAGCAGAUGCAACCUAGUUAAUAAAGGGAAUGGAAAAGUUAUAAAGAGAGUUUAGAAAAACAUUUGUUCAUUUGUAUAAAAAACAAGCCCUAAUUAAAAUGUCUUAAUAUAUUUGAGAUAUAUACAAAGAUUUAACAAGCACAUCACACUAUGCUCAUGUACAAUUUUACCAUUAUUUUUAUGAUUGCAUUGUUUUCUGGUUUUAAUAUUAUUUUUUAUUAAUACUUUACAAACAAUAUAGUACAGGCAAUUUGUUACAUGUUACUGGCGCUGUGCAAACUCUACGUAGAUAUAGAAAAAAGGAUGAAACUUUGUAUUAAACAUUAAUAAAUUGUAAAUGUAAUUAUUAUAAAAUGUCAUUUGCAUGAAAAGUCUCAAUAAAGGGGAGAUGAAAUAACACAUAAGUUGUGUC